CCUCGCUGGCCGUGGCACCCUCGCAAGUGCUUUAUUAAUAAGACUGACGUCAGUCGCGCGCUCUGUGCUUGCUGCUCGCGUCCGAAUUUCAGCCCUCGGCGCUGGCUGGGCGACCGCGUCGAACGCCUCGCGACGUUGCCGCUCGUUCUGCUGUGACAGGUCCCCCUCUUCUCUUCUUCCACUUCCGCCCGAGCUCCUGCUGCUGCCGCCGACAUGCUGAGCAGCCUGGCCAGCUACCUGCUGGGCGGCGGCGCCGCGGCCGCCGAGCCCCGCUGCCCGCCCGAGGGCGACGCGCCGCCCGCCCACGCCCUCAGCGCCGUCGACGCCGACGACGGAUGGGUGCUCGUCGACAGCCUCGAGCGCGGCUGCGACAACAACGGCUUCACGGACGUGCGGCUGGUGGCGGCGCCGUCGACGAAGGCGGCGGGGGCAGCGCCCGGCGGCCGGGGGCGGAGUUCCACAGGCUUACGGCUGCGAACGCGAGUGCUUGCAGCGCCGCGGAGAGGAGACUCUCCCGCUGAGGGACCUGCCUCAUCGAGCACCCCAGCAUGUCCGGUGUACCGCCUAGCACUAGCAGCGGCCGGCGGCGCCCUCACCCUUCCUGGGCUUCGCCGCUUCUGCCGUUCGCCGCGCUCCCGCGCCGCCAGCGGCCCGCGCCCGCGCGAGGCGGGAGCGGCGGGCGGCCGAGCAGUGCAGCAGCGGCGCGCCACGCAGAACCUGAAGCGCGGGCCGCUGGAGCGCCUCAACAAGGCUCGUGACAACAACGCGCGCAACAAGGUGCAGCGGCGCUCCGACCGCAUGCUGCAACACUCGGGGGCGAACAAUAACCGCAAGUGCUAGCUGCCGGUCGCUCCCGCGGGAUCGCAGGCCGCACACGCAACCGGAAAAAAGAAGACGGACGGGCAUUGAAGACGAAGAAAAGAAACGGAAGCCAAAACAAACAAAACAAAACAAAAAAAAAUGAAGGGAAAAAAGAAAGAAAUCAUUGGUAGACGCAUUAUUGCGUAAGAAAACAACUCAAAAUUAAAAAAAAAAUUCAAUAUUUGGGAUCACUGAGAACACGAGUAGACCGGGUCGCAGUUUCCGCUUUUUGACAGGAGUAUAAUUAAAAACACCAAUUUGAAUUCAGGACGUAGAAACCUAGGCUUAUGUCUCAUCGCACAAUUUCGAUGUGUCUUCUAAACGCCACUUCUGUAUGCGCUCUUUUAGAAUUCCACACAAUUAUGAAGGGAAAGGUUACUUUUCCUGUACUAAAAUGUACUGUAAUUCUAACUGGUCUACUGGUGUUUUCAGAAAUGUUCAGUCCCAUCAUUGAACUCAUUACCACAUCUCUAUGGCUCACUUCUCUUCCCACAUGAUCACGAUGCAUUUUUUACAGUAAUUUAAUUUAGUUUUACUUUCUUUGCCGAUUUGUCAAAAACUAACGAACUUUCAGAAAAUAAAGCAACGUAAACAUCGAAUCAUCAUUCUGCAUCGUAAAAUAUGUUUGAUUAAUAACAAAUUCUGUUAUCUAACGUUCACUGAACGAUCAAUCGAUCAGAAGAGAAGCGAUCAUAGAAGAGCAAAAAAAAUAUAUUAUUUUUUUCAUUUUCGUUUCCUUCCUUUUGAACAAAAAUGUAGUUCGGCGAAUAACUAACCAAUUCGCGCUUACGAAAAACUAACCAUACCUUUUCGAAUACGUCAUGUUACUGCGAGACUUCAUCUGUGGGUUUCAAUAUGGAAUACGACAGGUGAACUUGCUUUACUCAGCACCGUUCAAUUUUACGCUUUGCACUCCUCAACUCACACGAAGGCACAAUUUUGUAGCUUAAGUAGAUUCGGGAAAAUAACGAAACUCCGUGCCCGAUUUGAACCCCCGCUUCAUCUGCCGUCAAAGAGAGUAGUGCACCGCUGACAGGCCAUCACAGCGCGGGAAAAAUUACAGCUUUCUUGAGAUCGGCAGCGUUUCUUUCCUUCUGUCGGUUUCGGCAACACGUCGUUGCAAAUCGACUCCACGUUUAUUUUUUUUCUUAAAAUAGGAACUAAUUAUUGUCGAAAAAAAAUAUAUAGGAAUAUAUCAUUAUUUAAAUGUAUGUAUUUAAAAAAGAUGCGAGUUGUAGGUACACGCCUCGUUAUUAUAAUUUAAAAAAACAACAACAAACCAUGAGACUUUUCGAGCUGUUCGGUAUCGAAGCCCUACGCACUGCCAGUAGGCGGAAGUAGCCGUCGAUUCGCGACGGAAGUAAGCAGGCGAGUAAUGUACGCGGGGCGCACCCUGCGCGCGUUUGCGUCAGGACUUCGCUCUCACCAGAUAAUCACGCCGGUUCACUCGGCCCUUUUCGCUCCGCCAGCCAUUCGGCCCACAAAAGGGCUAAAUACUACGUUUGGUCUAGCAACGAAUACUCACUCUCUCGUCCGGCGAGCGACUCGUUUUCUCUUUCGUCAUCUUUUCUCUUAUUUCGGACUAACUUGCUUUCGUUUUGGAUCGAUUAUCUUUUUUGAUAGCGGAGCAUCCGGAGGGGGGGAGGCACAUUGGGCUCCAGGAGUCGAUGAGCGUAUUCAAGUAGGUUUUACUAAUUUUCUAGUAACUAAUGCCAUUCAAUAUAUCAAUUGAAUACGUCAUAAAUAAUUGAAAAGCAACAAAAAAUAAAUUUAAAUACUGCUUAAAUGAAAAAAAUAUUUAUAAGAUAAUAUGAAGUUGCUUGGCCUCCCUCCCCUAUAAAAAUUCUGUUUGCGCCACCGCCUAACAUGUUCGACACUUUCAUCGCAUUCUAAUAAUAUUACUACCAUGACAACUAAAAAAAAAAAAAACUACUAAGGUUCGUUCGAUUUGUUUCUUUCUUUUUUUUCCAGUUCUUCCGUUCUCAAUUUGUCAAAAUACAGAAUACGAUUAGGAAUAUGUCACUGUACAUUUUUUCAAUUUACAAAUAAUUUAUGAAACAUUUUUCAUAGUAACAGCGACCGGUUCGAUACACUGCAGUCUGACCAGACGUCCAUCGUCACAGGAGAGCCAAUGGAGACAACUGUAAAAACUGCAACGGCCUUCGUCCGGAGAGAGAAAAAAAUGUCCAAGCUUCGGCGUGACCAAACAAAUGAAAAAAAAAUGUGACUAGCGUCUAAAUCUCUACUGUGCGAUUGCUGGAGGAACGCUAAUUGUGUGCCUUCAUGGCCCCGAACUUUCCCUUUAGACUGCGAGCUACUGUCCCCUAGGGAGUUUGGUGCGACGGACUUGUCUAAGUGCGCGCCACACCCCCACAAUUUGCGUCGAGUCGCUCCGGUGAAACGGUCACGACACGCGUCCCUUCUUGCAUGCGAGCACACGCCCUUCCUCCGCGGCGAGGCCAGAGGGAUGCAGACGCCAUUCGGUUCUCGGUUCGGACAGUCGGGGAUUGGAACAAGCAUCUCUAUUAACUUUUUUUUUUUAAAUUAAGGCAAACCAACGAAAGUAUAUACUGCUUAUAGCGAAGUACCUGUUGAAGGCAAGCUGUUGUGGAGUUGAAUAUACUUCACCCACAGGUGGACCAAUUGAGAUUUCCCCGGUUCCCGACUCUUCGAGGUCUUCUCGAAACAUCUUCAAUCUCGCUGUCACGCGAACCCAACAACGCCAACUCCGCGGAAUGGUUUCCCAAUUAGUGUUUCGACACCGCCGAAUCGGCGUCACAUUUUUUUCAUCAACGCGUCUCUCCUUUAGAGAUUAACGAAUGUUCUUAAUUAUAUGCUUGCUGCAAAAUGAAAAAUGUUGAGUGAAAUUCCUUCAGAAUCAGUAGGAACCUUACAAAUCGCCAAUUCACGUUGGCAACAUACUAUUUUGGAAAACAUAAAUUUUAUGUGUAUUUGGAUUAUUACAAAACUCGCCCCCUCGCCCGCUACUGCUUCGCGACCGGUACUCCUGAUAAAUGAAACUAGCAAUACUGUUACACAGCAGGCAACAAAUGGAAGUGUAAGUAAAUGUUGCUGCAGGUCAACCGAGACGUUACUGCAUUGCGAAUCGGUACUUAAGCACUUCCUUGUUGGGGUUGCCAGUGGAUUCCUUUUUAUUCAUGAUUUUUACCAGUAACAACCCAUACCAAGAACUCGUUGACAAUCAAUGAAUUUUAACGAUUAGGCAUCUGAAUACUUGUUAUGUUUUAAAAUGGGUAAAAAAAAAUCUUCAGCUCUCAUGCAAUUACAAAUAUUUUCUGCAAGUAUACCUGCAUUGAAGCUGCAAAUCAGCAUCUAGAUUUAAACUGAUGAGCAAAUACACAUUUCCAGAUCUAAAGAAAAAUUAACUGGGAAUAAUUUUCUAUUUAAGACAUUUCUUUACAGAUAUGUCAUCAUUUCUUUUGUUUUUCAAAUUAACCUUUCAGGAAACGCAAGGAUGUUGAAAAUUGAAAUAAAUACAAUGUACUUACUGUACAUGUUCCAUUCAAAAAAAAUAUACUGGAAAAAAAUCUUUGAAAAGACAGGAAUCCAUACAGAAAAGAUGCAACACCAUGACUUGCAGUUUAUUCUGAAUGUGUGUGAUGGAUGUACGUAUUGUUCACUGUGGUUCUUGUGUCUUAGAGUAGAUUGCGCCACUUUGAGCACAUAUUUAUAGUAACAAAUAUAUCACGUCCUUGAUAUUUUUGUAAAUAUUUUGGCAUUGUGAAUUUCCAAAUGUGAUGCAAGUACUCCAAAGGGUCAAGAAUUAAAACGAGUUACUAUUGUGCUUGGAUACCAUGAAAUUUCAAGUAGUUUAGUACUAUACAUGCCAAUUAUGUGAGAUUUUUAAGUAAAAAUGUAUUAAUGCCCUGGUUUGACAAGCUGGCAUUGUAUAGCUAUAAAGAUGCCCUAUUUAAACAUAAUUACAAUUCUGUGAUACAUAGAUACAAAUACCAAUAAUUACAUUGUGCAUUAGGAAUUUUUCAACAGUAUUACUUGUGUUCACUUGCACAGCUGUUUAAGCCAAAACUACAAGAAACUGAACGAACAGCUGAUGCCAAUACGCUUGCACGAAACUAGUUACUUUUGACACAUAACUUGAACUACCAAAUUCUAUGCCAAUUAGCAAGCAAGGGCGUAAAAACCAAUAUUAAAUGCCAAUUAUAAUAAUUCUAGGUAUGAUGUAAGGACUGUGUAAGUGUGUGGACAUGUUAAAUAAUUAUAAUAUUGCAGCUGAUGUGUGUAGUUGUGUGCAUGUACAAGAUCACAUUUAAGUGUAUAUAUGUAUUAGUAUGGGUGAUGUGGCUUUCUGUGAAUAUAUAAUUAUUGAAAUUUUGAUCAUAAAGAAUAGUGUGUGCACGAAAGCAGUUUUUGAGGAAAAAUGCUAAAGAGUUUUAAUUAAAUUUAUCAAUGUACAGCAAGCAUCAAUCAUACGUUGUUGUAUGAAGGCUUAGUCUCUUUUUCAAAAUAUGUUGUUAUUUUUCUCAAUUUUUAAUCAGAAAAAAUCCAUCUGUAGCAGAUGAUGCCUAUGAAAAAAUAUUAUAUUAGGUUAGUAACCACUAUUUCAAUUUUUGAAAUAUUCACUUAAAAAGUAAAUAAAAAUUUAAAUAUGACAAAAGUUGAAUAAAAACGUUGAAUACAAAACCAG